AUGCACAUCUCUCAGAAGCUGGCCCAGGCGAGGGCGGAGGGCAAGCCCACAUUCUCGUUUGAAUUCUUCCCUCCUAAGACGGCCCAGGGUGUCCAAAACCUCUACGACCGCAUGGACCGCAUGCACGGCUUCGGUCCUCAAUUCAUUGACAUAACAUGGGGAGCAGGCGGUCGUCUUUCGCACCUCACUUGCGAGAUGGUCAAGGUUGCUCAAUCAGCAUAUGGUCUUGAGACCUGUAUGCACCUCACCUGCACCGACAUGGAGAAGUCGAAGAUCGACGAGGCCUUGAGGGAAGCAUAUCGGGCUGGUUGCACCAACAUACUGGCUCUGCGGGGAGAUCCACCCAGAGAAAAAGAGAAGUGGGAGGCUACAAAAGGAGGCUUCCAUUAUGCCAAGGAUCUGGUGAAAUACAUUCGUGAACGUUACGGGAACCAUUUCGACAUUGGCGUCGCGGGAUACUCAGAAGGCUGCGAAGACAACAACAAUGUGGACUUGCUCAUCGACCACCUCAAGGAGAAAGUCGAUGCCGGCGCAACAUUCAUUGUAACGCAAAUGUUCUAUGACACCGACAUCUUUUUGGACUGGGUUAGCAAAGUCCGGGCGAGGGGCAUCGAUAUCCCUAUCAUUCCAGGGAUCAUGCCAAUUCAUACGCACGCCGCAUUCAUACGUCGGGCGAACUGGACGAAAUGCAGCAUUCCAGCUCAUUGGACAGAAGCCCUUGAGCCCAUUAAGAACGAUGACGUCGAGGUUCGUGAGGUCGGCAAGGACCUUGUUGCAGAGAUGUGCCGUAAGCUCAUCGACGCCGGCAUCCUGCACCUGCACUUCUACACCAUGAACCUAGCCCAAGCAACUCGCAUGGUCCUUGAAGAACUCGAUCUGCUCCCUGAUCUUGAGAGUCCUCUGGAGAAGCCACUUCCUUGGAGACCUUCCCUUGCCCUCAACCGCCGAGACGAGAAUGUACGUCCGAUCUUUUGGCGCAACCGUAACCGAUCUUACGUGGCCCGCACUCAAGAUUGGGAUGAAUUCCCCAACGGCCGUUGGGGUGACGCUAGAUCACCCGCUUUUGGCGAGUUGGAUGCUUAUGGGGUUGGCCUGAAGGGUACUAAUGAACAGAACAUCAAACUUUGGGGUACACCAGCCUCAAUAAAAGACAUCUCAGACCUGUUUGUACGGUAUAUGAGCGGCAAGCUGGAGUCCCUCCCUUGGAGCGAAGCCCCAAUUUCCAAGGAGGCAGAUACUCUCAAGGGAGACCUCAUCGAUCUCAAUCGGCGUGGCUUCCUUACGAUCAAUUCACAACCGGCUGUGGACGGAGCCAAAUCAUCUGACAUCGUGUAUGGAUGGGGACCACGGAAUGGAUAUGUCUACCAGAAGGCCUACUUGGAAGUUCUCAUUUCUCCUGAGCAUAUUUCAGAGGUUAUCACUAGGAUUGAACGUAAUCCAGACCUGACCUACUAUGCCGUUAACAAGGAAGGAGAUUUAAAGACUAAUUCACCAGGGGACGGCCCGAACGCUGUGACUUGGGGCGUAUUCCCCGGUAAGGAGAUCGUGCAGCCGACCAUUGUUGAAACAGUGAGCUUCCUGGCUUGGAAGGACGAGUUUUACAGGCUCGGCCAAGAUUGGGCAAACUGCCACUCUUCAGUGAGUCCAUCGCGCUAUGUCAUUGAGGACCUUGUGGAUACGUGGUAUCUUGUUAAUAUUGUCCAUAACGAUUUCCACGUUGCCCACGGCAUAUUCCCUCUUUUCAAUGGUCUCCAAGUCCAAGACAUGGAAAAGCCGCUUCACAACAUUGGCAUCUCUCAGAGCAAGUCCGAGCAAAAUGGCAUUGGCGAAAAAUCUGCUGUCGGCAGCAUCAAGUCUGCCGCCUCAGCUAUCACGAACGGCCUCAACGGCCUAAAGCUCUCCAACUAA